AACUACUAUAACCUUUCUCUUCCAUAACAAACAGACAACACAAUCCAAAUAUCCAAAAACCCAUCACGUAGUGAACCACUCUAAUGGCAACCAUGGCCACCACAACCCUCACCUCAUCUCUAUCUUCAAACCCCAAAUCCUCAUUCUUCGAACCCAAGCCCACGUCAUUCCACGGAAGGCCUGUCAUUUCCCGCAUCACAGCCACCAAAUCCACUUCACAACCCACAAUCUCCAUGUCCCUAAACCCACCCCCUUACGACUUCCAAUCCUUCAAGUUCCAACCCAUCAAAGAAUCCAUCGUCUCUCGCGAAAUGACACGUCGUUACAUGACCGACAUGAUAACCUACGCUGACACCGACGUUGUCAUCGUCGGCGCUGGCUCCGCCGGUCUCUCCUGCGCCUACGAGCUCAGCAAGAACCCCUCCAUCCACGUCGCAAUCAUCGAACAAUCCGUCAGCCCCGGCGGCGGCGCGUGGCUCGGCGGCCAACUCUUCUCCGCCAUGGUGGUUCGCAAACCCGCACACCUCUUCCUGGACGAGCUCGGUGUCUCCUACGACGAACAAGAGGACUACGUUGUCAUAAAGCACGCGGCGUUGUUCACCUCUACCAUCAUGAGCAGGCUUUUGGCAAGGCCUAACGUGAAGCUCUUCAACGCCGUGGCUGCGGAGGAUUUGAUCGUGAAGGGAGGGAGAGUUGUUGGGGUUGUGACCAAUUGGGCUUUGGUUUCUAUGAACCAUGACACGCAAUCUUGCAUGGACCCCAACGUUAUGGAGGCUAAGGUUGUUGUGAGCUCUUGUGGACAUGAUGGACCUUUUGGUGCCACUGGGGUUAAGAGGUUGAAGACUAUUGGUAUGAUUGAUAGUGUCCCUGGAAUGAAGGCCCUCGAUAUGAAUACAGCCGAGGAUGCUAUUGUUCGCCUGACUAGGGAAAUUGUUCCUGGCAUGAUCGUUACUGGCAUGGAAGUUGCAGAAAUUGACGGUGCCCCAAGAAUGGGUCCAACAUUUGGGGCGAUGAUGAUAUCAGGGCAGAAGGCAGCUCAUUUGGCAUUGAAGGCAUUGGGGAGGAACAACGCAAUUGAUGGAACGUGUGGAGUUGGAAGGGAAGAACCAGAACUUGUUUUGGCUUCUGCUGGCACUGAGGAAAUUGUUGAUGCUUAAAUAGAUGGAAUUUCUUUUUAGUUUUUGCCUCCUGCCUAUAAUUUGAAUUUUGGAAUAAAUAAAGAAAAUGUGAGUGAUGAAGAGACAAUAUAUACCUGUUGUCACAUCUUUGUUUGCAGAAGGCUAUAAAUUAAAUUCAAGUACAAGAGAAUAACGCCAGUGACUUGAACGCGAAAUCAAGCUAUAUAUACAAAUGACAAGCAAAAAAUAAAACUAUAAUUUAGAACAAUUUAUGGUAAUUGAGGUUCAAGCUAUAUAUAGUACAAAUAUACUUUAUAAGACUUGUAUUUUAAUUUUAUUCUAAUGAGAAAACAAAAAGCAAAAUAAUUUUUUGAGGAUAAAUAAGAGAAAACUCCGACCUGCCGGAUUCGAACCAGCGACCUAAGGAUAUCUGGCGGUGAUCCCACUACAGUCCUCCGCUCUACCAACUGAGCUAAGGUCGGUUUGUUAUCUUCGAUCUUUUUACAAAAGUAGAAUUAUCCUUGUUAGAAAUGCGCUAGUUCCCAAUCGUCACUCAAUCAAUCUAUAGAUUGUAAGAAAGUAAAGUUAAAAAAAGUUGUGUAAACAAUUUUUACAUGAUAUUAUUUUUAAAAAUUUUAUUAUUAUUUUUAAUUUAUGCGUGAAAUAAUAAUAAUAAUAAAAAAUUUUAGAAUCAAACAAUGCCUUUUGUGUGUGUGGGUAAUAAGCCAGGAUAUCUCAUUCAAUGAUCGUGUCUGUGUUAAAAAAAAAAAACAUUGAUUAAAAGUGAACUUGGAUAAGCAUCGAAAGUUCUCAAAAUCAGGUCU